UUCUCGGCCUUUUGGCUAAGAUCAAGUGUAGUAUCUGUUCUUAUCAGUUUAAUAUCUGAUAUGUGGGCCAUCGGUCCACACGAUAUUAACUCUAUUUUUUAAGGGGAAGAGCUCAUCAAGAUAGCUUGCUAUCUGGGCUUUUGUGAGUUGCCCAUGUGUUGCACUACUGCGCGGGCCUGGCUCACCCCAUCAAAUUUAAAGUCCAAUCUUCUUAGUUAAAUUCAAAUCUUUCUCUUCAUCAACCCAGUUUGAUGUCAUGCCUGUUUCAGGGAACAUCCCACAUCGGUAAUAAGAAUAAUAUCACGUCUAUAUAUAAGAACCUGGAGAGUAGUAGUUAACACAACUGUCAUUGGACGAAGUGAAUGGGUCAAAUGGGCUUGCCUAAGUUCCGACCCAGGAAAGUCCCCGCUACUAUCCGCAGAGAUGCGGCCUCUGUAACGAGAGAGUCUUGCGGUGGAGAGACUCAGUCGGCUGAGACGCGUUUGUGGAGCUUAUGUGGUCUCUCCGCCGAUGAUAUCAUGGCCGUUCGACAGUUAUUCACCUGGUCCUUAAUGGACUAACUGAACGGGGCUUACGUUUCAAUGACAAUCAACUUUUUGUUUCUUUAUCUUUCGUUGAGAAAAUUUGUCAAAAGCAUCAUCAAAACACGUGAUUCACGCGGAAUGAAACGUGACAAUAACAAAAGUGGAAAACAUGAUGAGAAGUACUUUUAUAGAUCAACAAGUCUUCUAAGUGUAUAAAGAAUCUUUUCAAGUUUUCGUCCACUCAACCAAAAUUUU